AGGAGAUGACGUGCGUGUAAGUUAUCAAAUAAAAAUUACAUUAUAUAGUUAGAAAAUUGCUGAUGUCUAUUUAACGCGCAAAAAAUUGUGUUUUAUAACACUAUAUUGAUAAAGCGCUACAGCUUCUUGAUCGGUUUGUAUGAUAAUUAUAUUUAUCUGCAUCAGUUGGCUUGAGUUUCUAAGUUAUACACAUAUUGUCACGAUAAUUACAUGCACCAAUAUAACAAUUAAGGAUAAACGCGUGAUUUAAGAUGUGGUCUUCCGUCAUCGCAUUCAUCAGUUUGCUAUGUAUGUUAAUACCAUCAACGCAAUCUCAAGCGAACCGGUAUUUUGGACGAAAGAAAUCCGGUAUAUCCACAUAUCAUCUAGGUUCAUGCCAAAAUCCGCAAGGACAACUCGGCAUAUGCAUAAAUAUCAGAAGUUGUGCAGUGUUGCUCAACCUUUUGCAAUCGAAUUCUCAAGAUCCAGCGGUAGGAAAUUUUCUCCGUUCUUCGGUUUGCGGGUUCGAGGGUAAAGAUCCUCAAGUUUGUUGUCCUACCGACACCAAUGGCGGAAAUACGGACAAUACAGGAAAUGGAGGCAACAAUUUGGAUGGCGAUCAAGGUCGUAGCGAGAUCACGAAUACUGUGUAUGGUCCUUUGUAUCCACCUGAUUGCGGAUUUAGUAAUGUAACGCUACGUAGAAUCGUUGGUGGCGAACCAGCUUCGUUAGGUGCUUGGCCUUGGCUUACCGCUCUCGGAUAUAGAAGCCCGAGAGAUCCGAAUGUUCCGAGAUGGCUUUGCGGCGGCGCUCUCAUUUCCACUCGCCACGUGCUAACUGCCGCGCAUUGCGUAUACGAACGGGACGAUUUGUUUAAAGUACGUGUAGGUGAUUUGGAUCUCGAUAACGAUUUUGAUGGAGCGUCUCCCUUCGAAGAUUUUAUCGAAAGAAAAGUAAUACAUCCCCACUACAAUCCCACGAGCCACACAAAUGAUGUGGCUGUCCUGAAAACGACUAGAGAAGUACCUUUUACAUCAACGGUUCAUCCCAUUUGUCUUCCAGUAGAUGAUUUUAAUAGAUAUAGAAAUCUGGAGAAUACGUAUCCUUUCGUUGCUGGGUGGGGAUCUGUUUAUUUCCGUGGUCCUACAAGCAGUCGGCUUUUACAGACACAAAUUCCUGUCCGUACAGAAGAAGAAUGCAAAACAGCUUUCCAAAAUUUUAAAGGAAAUGUAAUAGAUAGCCGCGUUUUGUGCGCCGGCUAUGCUCGAGGUGGAAAAGACGCCUGUCAGGGUGACAGUGGUGGACCAAUGAUGACUCCUAGUCCUCAAAAUUAUAAAUUUUAUUAUAUUGUUGGAAUAGUAUCAUAUGGUUUUAAAUGCGCAGAACCAGGUUUUCCUGGAGUAUAUACAAAGGUUACAGCCUUCCUCGAUUUCAUUACGAGCCAAUUAGUGUAAAUAAUUCUUUUAUAAAAAAAUAGAAACAUUCCGUCUAUUUUUUUCUUAAAUCUUGAAAAUUGUUAUAUAUUUAAAUGAAAUAUAUAUCGUAAUUACAUCCCAUAUAGACAAAAAUUAUGUUUUUUAUCUUUAAUUAUUAUAAAUAAA